AUGGCUCUCCUGGCGAGGCUCUUCAUGGCCUCUUUCCUCCUCUUUGAUGGCCCACACGUUUCUGUUGCUGGAGAGGUUGUUACCGUCACAUCUACGUCGAUAGCUACAGCCUUUUCAGACUGCACAUGUGCUUUAACAGUUUCCGAUCACUCGACGGAAUAUAAGGUCUCAACAACCUCUGUGAACGUGGCCCCCCCAUUCACAACUGAGCCUACGCGAAGCGCAUUUCCAGCAACUUCUGUGAGCUAUCCGAACUGGAGCACUACCUCAGAACCGACUCAAUUUUCUCUUUCGAUUUGCCCGACUCGCAUCAAAAACCCGACAUAUACCGCUCCAUUCCCUCAGCCAACUGACUAUACGUGGGGCUGUCCGCCACACUACCUCUGCCAGCCGGAUAAGAAGACACCGGACGGGGAGUGCAAUUUUGAGGCUGGCCCGCCCGCAGACACCUAUUAUUGCGCACCCGACCAGUGUGUACCAAGCCCGCCACUGCUAACCCCCCAGUUCGGAAAAGCGUCCGACGCAACGGGUGAAGCUGGCUUCUUUGAAGUCUCGCCAGGAUAUUUUAACUUAAACCCGUACGAAUUUGGCUUGGACUAUGAUAUUUUCAUCUUCCCAGGACCACCAGGGAAUGCAAAGAGAGAAUUGUCGGUGCGGAUUCCUGGGAAAUGCUACGAUCCAUGCAAUGACGCGAUGCUAGAAGCGGAGUCUACUGGUAAAACCACUGAUCUAUGCCCUACGGCCGCGGCAUUUAUCACUCUUGUUCGAGCAUGCCAGUCCUGCGUAGCGUCCUUUGACUUGCCCCGCAACUCCGCUACUGUCCUUCCACAAUUUCAGCAAUUCUUGUUCUAUUGCGACGGUUUACAUGACCAAACCGCCUUGACGGCCAUCCAGUCCUCGACAAGCAUUCUCAAAGCGACCAAAUUGACGUCAAACAGCCCCAAAUCAACUGCGAUUCUGAAUGGCGGAUCCAGCCUCAAUUACGACAGUCCCUUCCUCAACAAGAGUGUCGUCCGCCUCUGCGGGACAUAUUUCUAUGGCACACCAAUCUUCUAUGGCACCGAAGGAGAUGGCAACUGCCCGAGCAACUGGGACGCACCAGUCCUCACAGAUGUUGCCUAUUUCAACGCCGCUGUUGAUAAAUGGUUCUCCCGUGUUAAGCCCGUGCUGGACUUUGGGCUCUCUUCUUGUAGCUGCCAGAUUUUUACUAACAUUAUGAUAACGGAAAUGUGA